AUGAUCGGGUCCAAGUUCUGGGAAGUCAUCUCCGAUGAGCACGGCAUCGACCCCACGGGGGCCUACCACGGCGACUCCGACCUCCAGCUCGAGCGCAUUAACUGCUACUUCAAUGAGGCCACCGGCGGCCGCUACGUCCCGCGCGCCAUCCUCAUGGACCUCGAGCCCGGAACCAUGGACUCCGUGCGCGCCGGUCCCUUCGGGCAGCUCUUCCGGCCGGACAACUUCGUGUUCGGCCAGACGGGCGCGGGAAAUAACUGGGCCAAGGGCCACUACACCGAGGGCGCCGAGCUCAUCGACUCGGUGCUGGACGUCGUCCGCAAGGAGGCCGAGUCGUGCGACGCGCUGCAGGGCUUCCAGAUGACCCAUUCCAUGGGGGGCGGGACGGGCGCGGGCAUGGGCACCCUGCUCAUCUCGAAGAUCCGAGAAGAGUACCCGGACCGCGUCAUGUCCACCUACUCCGUCAUCCCGUCGCCCAAGGUGUCCGACACCGUCGUCGAGCCCUACAAUGCCACCCUCUCCGUGCACCAGCUCGUCGAGAACGCCGACCAGUGCUUCAUGCUCGACAACGAGGCCCUGUACGACAUCUGCUUCCGAACCCUCAAGCUCACCACGCCCACCUACGGUGACCUGAACCACCUGGUGUCGGCCGCCAUCUGCGGUACUACCUGCUCCCUCCGCUUCCCCGGGCAGCUCAACUGCGACCUCCGAAAGCUGGCGGUCAACAUGGUGCCGUUCCCCCGCCUGCACUUUUUCAUGAUCGGCUUUGCUCCCCUCACCAGCCGCGGCUCGCAGCAGUACCGCGCCCUGACCGUCCCCGAGCUGACCCAGCAGUGCUUCGACUCGAAGAACAUGAUGUGCGCCGCCGACCCUCGCCACGGGCGAUACCUGACCUGCGCCGUGAUGUUCCGAGGGCGGAUGUCCACAAAGGAGGUCGACGAACAGAUGCUGAACGUCGUGAACAAGAACUCGUCGUACUUCGUGGAGUGGAUCCCCAACAACGUCAAGGCCUCCAUCUGCGACAUCCCACCGAAGGGGCUCAAGAUGUCCACCACCUUCGUGGGCAACACCACCGCCAUCCAGGAGGUUUGGAAGCGUGUGGCGGAGCAGUUCACGGCCAUGUUCCGGCGAAAGGCCUUCCUCCACUGGUACACCGGCGAGGGCAUGGACGAGAUGGAGUUCACGGAGGCCGAGUCCAACAUGAACGACCUGGUGUCCGAGUACCAGCAGUACCAGGACGCCACCGCGGAAGAGGAGGGAGAGUUCGACGAGGACGAAGAACUCGACGAUGCCAUGGGAUAAAACUAACAGCAUAGAUCCAUCGCCCUCCGUGUUUAUCUGAACGACGAUAACUCAUUGCUAGGAGAAUCUUCCCGUAUUCGGAACGAUCUGAACACACGGGCGAGGUUGAUCCACCAACAGUAGAUUUGGGUGAAAAUGGUUUGUGGUCGUGAGCUCUCUCGUUCAUUGUUUUUCAACGGGAUAAUGAUCUUUUUUUUCCGAGACGGUGGUAGCCUAGGUAUUAGUUCACUAUGGGCUACCCCGACCCCAUGUUGUGAUCCGAUACGUAGUACAUAGAAGCAUUGAUUGGGUGUGCUGUUCAUUUUCUUUGCCGUUCGAGAGCGUUUGGGUGUCCUUUGUUUUUCAUCAGCUGCUCGCCGCGUGCUGGUGGCGGCCGCGCGAGCAACACAACGGUUGCCGUUUUUCGACGAAGCGAUGUCGCGCCAGCUGUCGUACGACGUUCGUUGGUGUCGUGCGAGCAUGCAAGCACCACGAUACAUAGCUGUGUAAAAGGAACCGGCGCACUCGCUUUUGCGUGGUAGCCGGUGGUGGUAGACUAGGAUGUUUGUUCCCCUAGAAGAGGUGGCCAUAGCGCAAUGAAAGUGCUUUUUCCCACAGCGAUACGAUAUCUGACAACAGGCUAAGAUGGUCGCUGUGAGCCUACGUGCAGUCUGCUGACGGGCGAUUGGUGACGUGCGUGUGCUAGGGAAUGGCACACGCCGUGGUCCCCUUAAUACCGUACGUAGGAAAACGGCGUUUACGGCGAGUAUGGUAUUUCUUCAUUUACUCAACGAUUUUUUUUUAUGUCCGGCAUAGCUUUUUCUGGAUGAUAUUGGCACGCAACAGGCGUUACAAAAGCGAAGGGUAGACGUGUCUGUCUGUCGUGUUGGUCUUGGUUUACGCGUAUCCAGCCUUACGCGACCGGCGUGGGUGUACCGGAAGCGGGCGUGUCGCAACAAAGUGGUUCCAGGACAACCAGUACAAGGUCGGAAGGUCGCGUCUGCUGUGAGUUGGUUCUUGAUCGUGAGUUCGAUGACACACAGACGGGCGUUCGCGAUAUUGGUUGCGGGGGUUGGAACUAUUUUGUUGCGCACGUCUUUGCGGUGGUAUCGCUUGACGGGCGUGAGUAUCCCGUGUCUUGGUGUGAUGGAUGACGACAGGAUACCCGUCUGCAUCGCCCCGUAUUGGGAUUUUAGUGUUUUUUGGGGAUGAAAAAUUGAAUCGGUGACGCCCGGAAGAUUCUUGACUGGCUUGCUCGACUCUU